CCAGGGGGCGGAACUGGGGCGUCACUGGUCCGAGGGCGGAGGGAGCGGCCGCUGCAGGGAGCGGCCCCUUGGCUCUAGCUGCGCUUCCUUGUUCGCUGAGAGGCCGCCAUCGCCGCCAUGGGGGGCUCCCGCGACGACGAGUACGACUAUCUCUUCAAAGUGGUUCUCAUUGGGGACUCCGGAGUUGGGAAGAGCAACCUUCUCUCUCGCUUCACGCGCAAUGAGUUCAACCUGGAGAGCAAAAGCACCAUCGGGGUGGAGUUCGCCACACGGAGCAUCCAGGUGGACGGCAAGACGAUCAAGGCCCAGAUCUGGGACACGGCUGGGCAAGAGCGAUACCGAGCCAUCACGUCGGCCUAUUACCGUGGCGCUGUGGGGGCCUUACUGGUUUAUGACAUCGCCAAGCACCUCACCUAUGAAAAUGUGGAGCGGUGGCUGAAGGAGCUGCGGGACCACGCGGACAGCAACAUCGUCAUCAUGCUGGUGGGCAAUAAGAGCGACUUGCGUCACCUGCGAGCUGUCCCAACAGACGAAGCCCGAGCGUUUGCAGAAAAGAACGGCCUGUCGUUUAUUGAGACCUCUGCUUUGGACUCGACAAACGUGGAAGCAGCUUUCCAGACCAUUCUGACCGAGAUUUAUCGCAUCGUGUCCCAGAAACAGAUGUCAGACAGACGUGAAAACGACAUGUCUCCGAGCAACAACGUGGUCCCUAUCCAUGUUCCUCCGACCACGGAAAAUAAACCAAAGAUGCAGUGUUGUCAAAAUAUAUAACAAGUUCAACUCCUGGAAAGCUGUGUACAUUUCCCCAGGUCUGAAUGGAAAUAGAUCUUGAGCUGACAUUACUCUCCCCUCUUUCUUUUUCUCCACCCUCCCCUUCUGUUUCAACUAUAUGUUGUCUAUGUUAUUCUCCUCUCUCUGUUUCCUCGUUUUGUCACUUCUUCUCCUUGUCCUUUAACUUCAGUUCUGUGGUUCAUCUCUUUUUACACGAGGCUGCAGCAUUAUCGGAAUGCUAGUCCUGCAAGGCAAGCGUGAACAAUCCCAGUGGAUCUCCUGUCUGGCUCAUCUCAAGAGGGAACUGGGUCACUUCUUUUGAACUUCCACCAUUCAGACACUAUGAUUUGACGAUCCUUUAAUCCAUUUUGGCAUCGGUAUUCAAUGCCGUCUCUUGGCCUUUUACGGCGCGGUGCCCUGCAGACUACAGCUCCCAUCGUCACUUUCAGCCCCACCCUUGGCUAGGGAUAAUUGGAGGUGUAGUGAAAUGUGUCUAGAGAGUGCCUGGUUGAGAAAGCCACUUUAUUUCAUUGAACGGGCAGUUGACGGCCCGGUCUGGGCCCUUGGCAGCUUUCCCAGUGUGUAACGCAGAUGGUUUGUUGGACUGCCUUCGUUGCCGGCCAAGAGCUGCGGUCCUGUUCAGAAGACAAACUUGGUGGUAGCUUCUGUGAACAGCUGGGCCUGAUGGAUUAGCAUCGUGAGCAGAGCCGCCUCUCUCUCCCCGGCCAUACGGCCUGUGGUCUCGCUUUGGCGGUUGGCUUUGCUGAGGCCACACGUGGGCAGCCUUGUGAUGGUUUCUUAUUCAGUCUGAGCAAUGAAUGCGCUCUCCCCUUCAAGCAAGCAGUAGAUCAAUCAUCUCGGUGAUUCCACUGCGCGGAUUAAGUUACUGCAGCCCGGCUGGUUAAGGCCCAAGGCCCGUUGCUGCUGUUGGAUACCCUGUAGUUACCUCGUGCCGCAUAAGAGGGAAGUCCCGUCUCGCUCUACCCGCUAGUCCCUGCGGCUUGUGGCUGCAGUAUUUAGUGUCCUGUGAUGUGGGCCCUGAGCCCAUCAUUUUGCAUGUUGCACAUGUACAGGUUAUGGAGAAUGCUUGGAGUUGGGUGUUACAGGACCUAAGAAACCCAGACUUUUUGAUGAGAAUUGUCAGCGGAACCGGCCCUGGCUCUACCCUAGCCUAGUGCGCCAACCGCCUAAGACUGGCUGGGCUGGUUUAGCUGCUUGGGACGCCAGUUCCUAGCCUGGAAGUGCUCGAGCCUCUUCAGUUGCACGCCAAGAAGCCCAGGAGCCCUCCUCAUGUGUCUGAGCACUCCUGGGUUUAUGGAAGGAAGGAAGGAAGGAAGGAAGGAAGGAA